AUGUCUGUUGGAGACAUUAUCUGUGAGAAGAUCCACUUCAGGCAUGAGGCCCAGUGGUGCGGCCGCCUGGGUCCAGCUGAAGGCGGCGGGAUGACGCUGUGUGUGCUGUGUGUGCUGGAGCUGGUGGAGAGCGCAGACGUAGCGUCUGUGAGAAAGUCUUAUGCCCUGUCUGGAGUCAGUUGGGUAUUGAAGUGCUCUCCAGGGGCCUUAAAGGAACUGCUUCGACAAGACCAAAGAAUCUCAUUGCGUUUUAUAGCUUCUCUGCUUGGGAUGCUUCAGAGCACAGAGGACACAUCUACUUUGGAAAAGGUUGACCAAGUGCUUGUCCAACUGCUGAUAGAGCUACAGAGCGAGCCUCCAUUUCGCUUUGUCUUUGAUGAGAUACACAAACAGCUAAGUGGUCCCUAUAAUGACAAGCGUUUGCUAUCAACGUUUCAUUUCAUUGGGCGACUAUUGGAAGCAGUCCCUAACAUUGCCAAUGUGCUUGUGACGCAGUAUGUGCCCUUGCUGGAGGACUUGUGCUUAACUCUGCUGUUGCCAGACGAGGAGCUGAAGGCGUCUGUAUUAUACGUGUGGCUCCAGGUGUUUGGGACAGCCACAGCAGCUGUGCCUGCCCCCAUCAGGGACAGAGUGUGUGUUCUGCUGCUCCAAACAUUGGCCAACGCCAACUCAACGAUUCUCAUCACCAACUGCAUUGGCUUGCUGUGGCUGCUGGUGCAGGUGGCAGCAGCAGUGUCCGUCUUGAUGAGUAGUGCCGCUGUUGGUCCACUCAUGUGUGAAGAGUCCCAGAGCAGCCCUCUGCCUCUCAUACUGAAAAAGUUGCUGUUGAGUGGCGAUAAGAUGUUGCAGGUGAGCAGCGCUAAGUGUAUUGCAUCUGUCUUGAUUCAUUCGCCUCGUCAGUACUCCACUCCCUUCAUUAAAGCCGACGUUCCUGCGUUCUUGUUUGACAGACUGGCGAGUUCGAAACAUGAAGCUCUUUUGUGGUCGGUCUACACCUGUUUGAAGCUCUUGGCUGAAGACCCUCUUUUCUUCUCCCAGUGUCAUUCUGUUUAUGGAAUUGAAUCCCUGGUGCGCAGUCUGAAGGAAGCUUUACGGAUGACCAACCUGGAAGUGCCCAAACAGGGACUUCUUUUACUAACUGACAUACUCGAGAAGCAACCCCCAGAGAUGCACCUUUUCCCAAGUCGCCCAGGAUAUGUCGCUGUGUCUGAAGCUCUGGAGGCGAGUGUAUCCUCCUCUUGUCUGCUGGUGGCGACACACGCUGUGAAGGCCACCAGCAUCCUGCUGAGGAAAAAGCACCAGUCUCGACCAGUCCAGUUCAUGGAGAUCACAGCGCUCAUAGAGAGUAUCACCAGGAGAGUUUCAGAGCUCUCUCUUGUUCCGCAUGUAUACCACCAAAACUCUGCCAGUUUGAAAAAGUCCAAUGCCCGUAGCCAGGCUUCUCAGUCCUAUGGCUUUCUCCUCCAGGCUCUGAUGUGUUUUGAGUCCACAUGCAGGCUGGCUGAGGAGUGCACAUCAGACCCGGUUCUAAAGGAGAACGCAUUUACGGCUCCAUCAAAAGCACAGCAAAAAGAAGAUUCCCUGGAGUCUCUGUGCCGGUGUAUGCUGCGCUGUUGUGACGCUGUUUGGAUACCCGCUGUCAUUAAGACAAGUCAGCAUGGACCCAAUGCUCAGAUAUUGCAGCACUUUUACACCAUAUUGUCCUCUCAGUUUUUCCUCCUUCCAUCGCUCAUGCCGGCCUUUGCAAUAAAGCUUGCCUCCUCUGGCUUCCUGAGGCUGGCGCUCGAGCACAAAGGACUGCUCUGCAAUGGAAGCAGGAACCCAAAUCUCAACGCCUCUUGCUGUGAGUUUUUGCUCAAGCUCAGCAUGUGCCUUUACAAACAGCUCGACUAUCACCAACUCGGUAAACACACCUCAUGA